CUUGCUGCAGCUUCUAAAGCACAUUGUGAAAAGCUCACAGGGAGGAGCCUAUACACCUGUGUGCUGAAGGGGAGGACUGUGAAGACUGGGAGGAGGAGCCGGUACACCUGUGCAAGACUGAAGGGGAGGAGCAGGUACACCUGUGUAAGACUGGAGGGGAGGAGCUGUUACACCUGUGCAAGACUGAAGGGGAGGAGCCGGUACACCUGUGCAAGACUGGAGGGGAGGAGCCGGUAUACCUGUGCAAGACUGGAGGGGAGGAGCCGGUACACCUGUGCAAGACUAGAGGGGAGGAGCCGGUACACCUGUGUAAGACUGAAGGGGAGGAGCCGAUACACCUGUGCAAGACUGAAGGGGAGGAGGCGGUACACCUGUGCAAGACUGAAGGGGAGGAGCCAGUACACCUGUGCAAGACUGGAGGGGAGGAGCCUAUACACCUGUGCAAGACUGAAGGGGAGGAGCCGGUACACCUGUGCAAGA